AUGGGCACGUCCAGCCGCGCGGAGGUCGUGGGCGACAGCCAGCGGGAGCUCGACGGCGACGAGGAGCGCGCGCACCACGGCACGCAGACCUUCAACGACAAGUGGGACCUCGCGACGAGCACGGGCGGCAUUGCGGGCAGGAUCUGCAACGUGGCACGGGUGCGGAGGCUCGCAGUGCACAUGCGACAGUACCAGACGGCCGUGAUCAAGUUCCAGGCCCCGUUGCACCACUGGGCCCUCAUGGGCGGCAUGGGCCGCCUGAUCAUGGGCCUCGCGACGCGG